CAUCUCCCUGCUUCUCGUCCAGGAUUUCAAUACGCGUUUCUCCAGUCCAUUAUUUACGUCCUUACGAAUAGCAACGCACACCACCACUUUAGGCUGUGUAUAGGCCAAGCUGACGCUCCUCGAUGUCGGCCACCAAGGCGCCACCAGGCCCUCAGCCCCUCAUCCCUGAAAAGUACUUCGACGUUCCUACACAACGGCUAUACGCCCUAAGCUUUGUCGCUCUCGUACAAGCCAUCAAAAUAUUCGACUGGGCCCAAUACCUCCUCUCAGACUCGCCCGAGCACUUCGGUCGUAAAUGGCUCUUUGUGGAUCUCCUGCUCUGUCUGGGUCUUUCGCAACUACGAAUACCGAGGAUCAACUAUUCGUUGUCGAUAGUCUUGAUUCAGGUCCUCAGUCUCUGGUUCCUCGACGGUCUAUUAUUCGGAGGCAUCCAGCUCCAUUUCUUUGGGGCAUCAUCACAUAAUGCAGUCAACGCCUACUCCUCCAGCAGCACCUCCGUCCUCUCCACCCUCCUCUCCCUCCUCACCUUCGGCCUCCUCUCCCCCUCCCCCCACGGCCCCACAGACUCCCACCUCCUCGGCCAACACACCGUCCGCAUGUCCCCCAUCAGCACCGCGCGCCUGAACCCAUUCGACCAAAUCUUCUGUCUCCCUUCUUCCUCGAGCCACGUCCUCGUCCCUGUCCUGCUGAAUAACACCGUCCCGACGCAGUUGAGGUAUAAUAUCACGCCGCUUGGGUAUGCGGAGGGGUCGAAGGAGAAGGAGAAGGCGAAGGUGGAGAGUUUUGUGUUGCAUGCGAGGGAUCUGAAGGCUAUUGAGGACGCGAGGACGAAGGGGAUGCAGCUCGUCCGAGGAUCAGGCUCAGGGUCUGGAUCUGGAUCGGGUGCGAAGCCGGAGGAUGAUGAGUACGAUGAGUACGACGACGAGGAUGAGGAAGACGACCAGAACGAGUCCUCCGCCGCGCGGUUGCAGAAGACGCAGUCGCUCGCGCAUAUCAGGGUCAGUAAGCCGGGAACGAUAGAGAUGUAUGAAGUCAGGGACGCGAGCGCACAGGCGCGGAUAUAUCGCUCGAGGGUCACUGUGACACCUUGUCCGAGUGCGGAGUUCGUCGGUGGGGACGUUAUUGACAAGGGGGAUAACGUCCGGUGUGGCGUGCCUACCGGGAACGGGAUCGUAGCGGAGGACAAGGACGUCCAUCUUGAUCUUAGUAUCUAUGGCGUUCCACCACUGACGCUGAAAUGGUACAAAGAAGUUAACGGGAAGCGGGAGUACUCGCUCGUGGAAGGCAUCCAGGACGAACGGUCCCAACACUCGGAAACGUCAAAGCCGCCCACUUUCUGGCCCGCACCUCAACAGAUCCGUGUCCCUCUGACUGUAUCCGCCGAAGCUCUCGGCACACACGUCUAUGCUCUCGAAUCCGUGACAGACGCGCUCGGGAACGUCGAAUCCGUCGCACCACCACCUUCGUCUGCGCUCACCCUCAAGUCCACUUCAUCUUCGCCUUCGACUUCAAACACGAGCAUCCUCGCUCUAGAAUCGAGCACGAAGACAAGUCGCAUGCUCCAUGUCCUCCGUCGACCCACCCUAUCAUUCCGCGGCUGCCCACCCGGCAAACCCAAACAAAUGCGCAUAGGCUCCGACGUCACCCUCGCCGCCUCCGCGCACGAAGCCGACGCUCUCGACGCCCCAUGGGACAUCACCGUGAAAUAUCAACCCCCACUUCUGACGAAGGAAGAGAAGAAGACGAAGAAGUUGCCGUCGCCGUGGCAGAAGACGUUCACGACGAAGGAGCAGGAGAAGAGGCUCGAGGUCGUCGCGGAUGCGCCGGGGGAGUAUACGAUUUUGGAUGUGAGGGGGAAGUAUUGCGAGGGCGAUGUGUUGAGUCCGGAGACUUGUGCGGUUGUGGAGCUGCCGAAACCUAGUGCUGAGAUCGACUUGCGUCGUAUUCACGAAUGUUCCGGAGACACAGGCGUAGCCGCCUCCCUAGUCCUACACGGCACACCUCCCUUCCGCGUCUCCUACCGCAUGCAGCGCGAAAAAGAACACCCCCGCGAACUACACGAAACCUUUUCGGGCUCGCGCGGCGAAAUGACGCUCCAACCGCCCCGAAGCGGACGCUACGUCUACACCUUCACGCACAUCACCGACGCGAACUAUAACAAAGUGGAGCUGGAUGGGCCAACGAUUGAUCAGGUCGUGCAUCCGCUUGCGACGGCGCAUUUCGUGCAGGCGGGCGUGAGGGGACGGGAAAAGGCGACGGUGAAUAGUUGUUCGGGGAAUACGGUGGAUGUGGAGGUCGAGUUGGAGGGUUCGGGGCCUUGGGAUCUUGAGGUGCAGGUCGUUGGACCGAAAGGCUCCGAGAUCACGCCGUUCAAGGGGAUCGAUUCGAAGCGGAAAACACUCAAGAUUCCUGUCCCAGAUUCCGUCAACCAGGUCGGAGGCACUUUCGAGAUUGACCUCGUGAGCGUGGAGGAUUCGUCGAAAUGCAAGCGCACGCUUACUGUGCUUGGUAUCUCUGUGAACGUCAGGAGGAUCAAGCCUACGGCAAAGUUCUAUGGCAAGAAAGACAAACGACAGGUCACCAUCCUGGAAGGCGAGCAAGCCAAUCUGCCAUUGAGAUUGACAGGCGAUGGGCCUUGGACUUUGAAAUACCGCAACAUGGAGAAUCCAGACUCUUAUCACGACGCACACCUCACCAGUCCCAACGACCAACUUCGUGUCAAGCAAAAGGGUUUGUACGAGAUCGUAGACAUCCGCGAUUCUCAAUGCCCUGGUAUGGUGUCACUGGAAGAGUCCACGUACCUUGUGAACUGGGUACCAAGACCGUCCGCACACCUCGCUAAGGACACGAAGGCGACAUACGAACCGUACAACAACUCGUACAUCCUCCCACCAAUCUGUGAAGGUCAAAGCGCUCAUGUCGAUCUCGACCUGACCGGUCGUUCGCCGUUCCAGAUCAUGUACAACAUCGCACGAGCGACAGAGACAGGCGGCACAAAAGUGCUCGACCAACCCACCUUCAACAGCAUCCAAUCCCGCACCCGCUUCCAGCUCAACACGCUCGAGCCUGGCCGGAUCUACUACGAAGUAAAACAAGUCGGUGACGUCUCCUACCCGCUCUCAAAGAACAGAGCGGCCAUCAUCCCUCGCUCAGACCGACCGCUCUUCGAACAAGAAGUCUUCGCGCGUCCUUCAGCCCGGUUCAAGAACUCCAACCGCCUCACAUACUGCCUCUUCGACAAAUUUACGCCUCUCGAUAAAUUCUCGAGCGACGGGACGAUCGUGCUCCAGGGCACGCCCCCCUUCACCCUCGACCUCUCCAUCAAGAACCUCGCGACGAGCAAGACCACGACUGAACAAGUCACCGUCUCGGACCACGUCUGGAAACUGAACCUCGCGAACCACACGUUCGAUUCGGUGGGCAAGCAUCUGGUGACGAUUGAGUCUGUGGCGGACGCGUCGCAUUGUGAGGAGACGGUGCCGGAGUUGAGGGAACGGUCGAUCUGGGUGGACGUGGCGGAGUCGGCGGCGAUCGUGCCGUUCGAUAGGAGGGAACAUUUCUGUGUCGGGGAGGCGGCGCAGUUCCAGUUGGAGGGGAUUCCGCCGUGGACUAUCGGAUAUCGCGCGAACGGCAGGACGCACACGUCAGAAGCGAAAGUCUCGCCGUUCUCGCUCACGUUACAACAGCCCGGAGAGUUCAAGAUCACGUCUAUCGCGCACCAGCACAAGAUGUGCAAAGCGGCCGUCACAGACUUGGGAUACACCGUUCAUCAGCUUCCUUCGGCCCAGGUCGGACACGGAGGAUACUACUACGAUGAUAUCCACGAAGGCGACCAAGCGAAGAUCAAGUUCACGCUCAUCGGCGAGCCGCCAUUCACGUUCACUUAUCAACGGGCGGAACCGGCAGCGAAGAAAGAUGGUAGGCCUGGGAAGGUCCUAGAGACACAUACGGUCUCUGGAGUCACGACGAAUGAGUAUACUAUCUUCUCGGCUAUGGAGGGGACGUGGACUGUUACGUUUAUCUCGGAUAGGUAUUGUCGGUACCCACCAUCACCUGUGGAUGGGACAGUAGAGAAGAGGUCGUAGAUCGUGAGCCGGGGUCAGGACCGUGAAGGUCUCAUCUUAUGAAUUGUAGCUUUAAUAUUACAUGCGCAGGGCAAGUCCUACACGUUGGAUACCUACAGAUUGGAGUGCGGCCCAUUCUCAGAAGCAGACGUCAAUAAACAACCCAGUCCGAUAUACGCCAAUGUGAUCCUCAAGCUUGUUUGGAGUGUUCACCUCUCGAAACCGAUGAUCACAACUUAACAAACGUGUCUGACCGACUCUCAGACGUCACCCUUGAAGAAAACACUACUUCCAAAAGCCAAUUUUGGGUCUGUACAACGAAAGGGACAUGUGAUUUUUGUUACAUUUAUAGCAUUUUCUUCUGCAUCGCGAUGGCGUCACCACUCCCUCUAAACCUGAGCGGAAGAGAUGUAGAACCACUUGGAGAUGGACGGGUCGAUCGGCGCAGCGGGCUUCCUGGAGUCGGGAGGAAGGCUGGUGUACGCGGGGUCGUCCUUGGUGAUGUGG